AUGAGGAAGGAUAAUCAGAGCAGCGUGUCUCAAUUCCUCCUCCUGGGGCUCCCCAUCUGGAUGAAGAAUCAAGACAUAUACUACACUCUUUUCUUGGUUAUGUACCUGACCACAGUGCUGGGGAACUUGCUUAUCAUCCUGCUCAUUAGGGUAGACUCUCACCUCCACACUCCCAUGUACUUCUUCCUCAGCCACUUGGCUUUCUCUGAUGUCUCUUUCUCAUCUGUCACUGUCCCAAAGAUGCUCAUGAAUAUGCAGACACAGAGUCAGUCCAUCUCAUAUGCUGGCUGCAUUUCCCAGGUGUAUUGUGUUUUGCUGUUUGGGGGUCUUGACAGCUUCCUUCUCACAUCAAUGGCCUAUGACAGGUAUGUGGCCAUCUGUCACCCCCUCCACUAUAUCACCAUCAUGAAUCAGAACCUGUGUUUCCUGCUAGUAACUGUAUCCUGGGUCCUAUCCUGUACCAGUGCCCUUUUGCACACCCUCCUCCUGGUCAGUCUAUCUUUCUGUGGAGAAAACACUCUCCCCCACUUCUUUUGUGACCUCUCCACCUUACUUAAGCUGUCCAGCUCAGAUACCACAGUCAAUGAAUGGGUUAUCCUCACUGAAGGAUCAGUGGCCACUACGCUGCCAUUCAUAUGUAUCCUGGUCUCCUAUGGCCACAUUGGUAGCACCAUUCUUAGAGUUCCCUCCACCAAGGGAAUCUACAAAGCCUUCUCCACAUGUGGCUCUCACCUCUCUGUGGUAUCUCUGUACUAUGGAGCAAUUAUUGGACUGUACUUUUUCCCCUCAUCCAAUAAUUCCAAUGACAAGGAUGUCAUUGUGUCUCUAUUGUACACUCUGGUCAGUCCCAUGCUAAAUCCCUUUAUCUACAGUCUGAGGAAUCGAGAUAUGAAAGGAGUGCUGAAAAAAUUAAUGAAGCGAAGAGCUGACUUUUGGGAAAGAGAAAAUUGA